CUCUCGGUCGGGAGGCUCCGCGGCCGGCCCCGCACUCAGCCCGCGAGCUCGCCCUUCCUCUCGCCGCGGAGAUGUCUGCCCAGGCCGAGGCCGGCUUCGUGAAGGAGGCUUCCCGGCAGAUCGCGGCCGGGGGUUCCGCAGGUCUUGUAGAAAUUUGCCUGAUGCACCCCCUCGAUGUGGUGAAAACCAGGUUCCAGAUUCAGAGAUGUUCAACUGAUCCAAACAGUUACAAAAGCUUAGGAGACAGCUUUCGAACAAUUUUCCGAACAGAAGGGUUGUUUGGUUUUUACAAGGGAAUUCUACCACCCAUAUUGGCUGAAACACCAAAAAGAGCAGUGAAGUUUUUCACCUUUGAGCAAUAUAAGAAAUUGCUAGGAUAUGUGUCACUGUCGCCAGCAUUGACAUUUGCCAUUGCUGGACUGGGGUCUGGACUAACAGAAGCCAUCGUGGUUAAUCCUUUUGAGGUAGUAAAAGUUGGCUUGCAAGCUAAUCGGAACACAUUUACAGAGCAGCCAUCCACUAUGAGCUACGCAAAACACAUCAUUAAGAAGGAAGGUUUGGGACUCCAGGGCCUCAACAAAGGAUUUACAGCAACUUUGGGACGUCAUGGAGUUUUCAACAUGGUUUAUUUUGGCUUCUACUAUAAUGUCAAAAACAUGAUUCCUGUCAAUAAGGAUCCAACCUUGGAGUUUUUGCGAAAAUUUGGGAUUGGUCUUCUCUCAGGAACAAUAGCCUCAGUCAUUAACAUCCCUUUUGAUGUUGCCAAAAGUAGGAUUCAAGGGCCUCAGCCAGUUCCUGGAGAGAUCAAGUACAGAACCUGUUUUAAAACAAUGGCCACAGUCUAUCAGGAAGAAGGGAUUUUAGCUUUGUACAAAGGCCUGCUUCCCAAGAUUAUGAGGCUUGGACCAGGUGGUGCAGUGAUGCUGCUGGUUUAUGAAUAUACCUAUUCAUGGCUUCAGGAGAACUGGUGAUUGCCUAUGACGUGUUUUUACCCCUGGAGAUAAUGGAUAUUUGCUCUACAGCACCUUGAAACUAUCCAUCAGCUAAUCGGAUACAGUUAUAAAUUAUAAUUUAUGUACAAUUAUAAAGGGGGAAACAAUCUAAGAUCAGAACCUAUUUUGAUACUUCAAAAAUUAUCUCUAGACAAUUUGAGACUAUAGUUAUGGCCAUAUUCAUAAAAUUGUAAGAAUAAAAAUAAUAUGAAGCAAUUAGGUAUGCAAACUGGAUAUAGAAAAAGAGUGUAGAAGUCAGAAAUAUUUCAUAAAAGCAAUAUAAGUUUUGUGACCUAUGUUUUAUUUACAUUGGUUCACAAUGAAAAUCUAUUGUAUUGAUAAUUAUUUUUCCCCAAGAGGCCAACAAAUGCUUAAAGUAAAAAAAAAAAAAAAG